AUCAGUAUAUAUAAAAGAUUCUCUAUCGCCUUUAGUUGACUUGUUUACGUUUUUGUUGCUGUUCAACUUGACUCUGAUACUCCCAGAAUUUUGUUGCUCUGCUAUCUCGUUAUCUGCCUUGUUUAGGAAGUGCCAUUCGUCCGCAGAAACUUUUCACCAGACUAUUCUCCACAAUUACCAUUUAAGAGCUGAACAUUCUGCUUUAGCUGUUCAAUAUCUGAUAUUCUGAUAGAUUAUAAAACUCAUAAUUCCACCAUGAGCUACUUUGCCGGUAUCACUGAGUUACCCCCAGAUCCCCUCUUCGGCUUGAAGGCCAGAUACGUCGCUGAUUCCCGUACCGACAAGGUGGAUUUGGGAAUUGGUGCCUACAGAGACAACAACGGUAAGCCCUGGAUCUUGCCAGCUGUCAAGUUGGCAGAGGCUAAGCUUGUGCUGUCACCUGACUACAACCACGAGUACUUGUCCAUUUCUGGAUUUGAGCCUUUCUUGAAACAGGCUUCUAAGGUGAUUUUGGGUGAAAACUCGGCUGCUCUCGCUGAAAACAGAGUCGUAUCCCAGCAAUCGUUGUCAGGGACCGGGGCCUUGCAUGUUGCAGGAGUUUUGUUGAAGGAAUUCUACACUGGCGAAAAGACCGUGUAUUUGUCGAAGCCAACUUGGGCUAACCACAACCAGAUUUUCACCUCUAUUGGCUUCAAGGUCGCAAGCUACCCCUACUGGGAUAACGACACAAAGUCAUUGGACUUGAAAGGGUUCCUUUCGACCAUAAGAACUGCACCAGCCGGCUCCAUUUUCUUGUUGCACGCCUGUGCUCAUAACCCAACUGGUUUGGACCCGAGCCAGGACGAGUGGAAGCAAGUCUUGAAGGAAUUGGAAGCUAAGAAACAUCUUGUCUUGUUCGACUCGGCUUACCAGGGCUUUGCUUCAGGUGACUUGGACAAAGACGCCUAUGCCAUCAGAUACGCCAUUGACCAGAAGGUCAUUUCCACGCCUAUCAUCAUCUGCCAGUCGUUUGCUAAGAACGUAGGUAUGUACGGUGAAAGAGUUGGAGCUAUCCACGUGAUUCCUUCCACCCAGAAGGAUGAACAGCUUGGUAGAGCUCUCAAGUCUCAGUUGAACAGGAUCAUUAGAUCUGAGAUCUCCAACCCUCCAGCAUACGGAGCCAAGAUUGUCUCUACCAUCUUGAACGACAGAGCCUUACGUCAACAAUGGGAAGCCGAUUUGGUGACAAUGUCCUCGAGAAUUCACAAGAUGAGACUCAAGUUGAAGGAAUUGUUGACCAACUUGCACACUCCAGGUACCUGGGACCACAUUGUUAACCAAACUGGUAUGUUCUCGUUUACUGGCUUGAGCCCUGACAUGGUAGCCAGAUUGGAGAAGGUCCAUGGAAUCUACUUGGUUUCUUCUGGUAGAGCCUCUGUAGCCGGUUUGAAUGACGGAAACGUCGAAAAGGUGGCCAAUGCCAUUGACGAGGUUGUUAGAUUUUAUGCUAAGCCCAAGUUGUGAUUGUUUUUCUUUUCUUUAUUGUUAGAUUGCAUAGAUUUAUAUGAAAAUUAGAAGCAUGAAGAUCUUCAUAGUU